AUGUCUACCGUUAUUCCACAGCUCCCAGCCACCAAAUGGCUUGGGUAUGGCGUCGAUAUGACUGCCUGCACCCCGCUAGACAUCAACUCCGUGAUUUCUGCCAUAAAAAGGGACGUUCAAAUCAUCGAGACCCAGCGCGAACAGAGAUAUAGCGUUGUGGAGAUCGGAGGGAUCGACUAUAAUGUCCCCAGAUGUGUCGCCGUCGCUCAGGACGUUAAGUCCUCCCAAGGGACGUAUGUCACAUACCCCAGCGGCUCCGAUGCAUACAGUGCCUUCCAGAGCGAUGGGAAUGCAGCCGUCCGCUAUCUCGCCAUCUCUGCUACUGGGACCGCUGCAAUGGCGGUGCGGAAGGCGCUUUCGGACAAAAACCAAUUUGCUUUCUAUAGCUUCAACAACGGCAACUACACUGCAGGGCUAAGGAAUUAUCUCGAUUUGUUGAACGAGUCCAAGCUCGUCGAGGCUGUAAAGGCGCUACCAUCUCCGUUCCCUCGGGCUCCCUCUGCCAGCGAUAUCAACGCGUACAAGACGUUCUUUGAUAAAUUCGGCACCCACGUCGUCAUAAACACCAUGUACGGUGCGCGCUUCCAGCUGGCUGUUUGGGCAGACAGGAGCAACGGCGAUGUCAACAACAACUUCCCACGCAAUGUCGCUGCCCAGUUCCGCGGAAUCGCCAGCGACGGCAGUUACGAUGAAGCGGUCUUUGACGAGCAGCAGUACCAGGCUUUCCGGGUGCUCAAUCAGUUCCUCGUCUCUGUGCAAGGAGGCGACCCGGAGCUAGCCAAGAAGCUUACCGCGGAUCCGAUGAAUUAUGAGCUCUACAAGGAGUGGACGGUCACGGUCUCUGCGAACCCGGACAUCAUCAACUUCACGACGUCCGAGCUGUGGGUGCUCAUACGCGAUGCAGCGGAUCGCGACUUGGCAGCGCGCGCGAACGACCUACAGGACGCAUUCGAAUACAUCAUGUCGAGCCACGAAGAAGUGAAUACGCUUGUCGUGUUCGAUAUCGAUGCUCGCUCAGACUGGGCGGAGGUCGGGCUGCUCACGCCCAGCGCAUCCAUCUCGGACAAGGUCUACUCCGCGCCAAAGGUGCCUGAAUUGAUCCACUCGCCGACGAAGAUCAGGUGGCUCAACAGGCUUAAAGGCAUAUCAAGUGGGCGUCAGAUUAUCACCUUCGGCUUCAUCAACGAUGGCUCGCCUGUGGACUUCUGCAUCUCGCUUGGUAAAGGCAAGGCCAAUAUCAUCUUGGAAGGGCUUACCUUCACGCAGUCUGCCCAAGGUGAGAGCGCAUGGAGCACGAAGAUUUUCUAUCAAGCACGUGUCUCUCCUGUCUCCGAAAUCAGCGCUUCCACGUAGUCGGCCGAAUGGCUGAGAAACACUGGGGGAUAGGCUGACGACGUCGUAGUUAGCGAGAUUUUAUGUGCCGCUUAUGCACAAAGCUGAAUGACAUACUGUUCGUGUA